UGAUACGUGUUUAGGAUUAUUGAAAGAAAGGGUUCGCACCGUUCUUUCUCUCGUUCUCUCUCCAGUUGCUUCAGCUCCACAACAACCUAACAAUGGGAGGAAGUUCAAGUUUCAGGGAUGAGUAUACCUUCGAACAAAGGCUUGAACAAUCGCGAGAAAUUGUGGCCAAAUACCCCGAUCGAGUCCCCGUGAUUGUGGAAAGAUAUGCCAAAUGCGAUCUGCCUGAGUUGGAGAAGAAAAAAUACCUCGUUCCUCGAGACUUGUCUGUUGGGCAUUUCAUUCAUAUUUUGAGCUCCAGACUUAGUCUGCCCCCGGGGAAAGCGCUCUUUGUUUUUGUGAAGAAUACCUUGCCGCAAACUGCUAGUGUGAUGGACUCUGUCCACAGAUCAUUCAAGGAUGAGGAUGGAUAUCUUUACAUGUAUUAUAGCACUGAAAAAACCUUUGGCUCGUACAUAAUGUAAACUGUUGCACCCUUUACACUAUUAUGUCCAACUCUGACUUUGUUAUGUAACUACGAUCAAGAAAACCUUGUACAAAUUUGUUACAUGGCAUGGAACAUAUCAUUGAUUGUUCUGUUCUGGAUAACCUUGACAAUACAAUAAGUAAUGUAUGAUUUUUUGUUGGGUUUCUUUCAA